GUAGACGUCGCUAGCUAACAUUCCCAAAUUUAGCUACCCCAAAGGGGUGUCACCCUUGCGCUCACGCCUGUUUUUAUUAUGAAAAGUCCAUUUCGCAGUCACAAUUAAACAUCGAAAUAUUUUAAGAUUCUAAUGAUCUGUAAGCUUUUAACAAAAUUAAAAUGAAAAUCGUUUAGUUUCAACUAUGAUGCGGGUGUAGUGGUAAAAAGUUCACGAUAUGGAGAGUAUAAUUACACAAUAAAUCCGUAGGUAACCUAUAUAUUAUUUAUCAGAAAGCUGUAAGUGCUAAAACAUCCCUUAACAAACGUGUGUAACGAUGUGCAGUUUGAGGCAAUAGAUAAGAAAUGCAGGACCAUCACAAAAGGCCAGAAAAUGAAGGUUUGAAAGUAUCGAAUGCUAAACCUACGAUUGCCUCGAAACCAAAAUACAUUCCACCUGUGAACAUUGCAUUCCAAAAAUUCGGACAGCAGCAGCAGUCCCUCCAGAAGACGACCUAUAAAUCGGUCAGUCAUUACCAAGACGACUCACACAAUGAGAGGAAGACUUUAAAGGACGAAUUUUCUGGAACCAGACCUUUGGCCUUCCACAAGGAUCCUCCUCCUUCCACACAACAAUCAGAUGAGCAACGUGCCUUCCAACAACAGACGAGCAGUAGUCAUCAAUCCGUUAUCGAACAUUGUUCGACAUGUAAUUAUUCGAAAUGCCAACACUUCCAAACCACGAAAACCAACAACAGUUACAAACACUAUGACGAACGAAACGAUCAGUUUUCGAGCAGUAAAGAAUCAUCGAGUUCACCGAGUACAGUUUGCUGCAGUAUUCUAUCCAACGUUAGCAACGACUGCUGCGGUAUCACCGGAAUUAAAGAGAACAAAACGUGUAAAUCAGUAGUAAAAGUAGAAUCUAUCGAUUCGAACUCAUCCGACUCGGGUGGUUUUAACGAGUUCCUACAAAGGGAAGCCCUAUUAAAAUUGAAACACGACCAGCAGCAAAAGACACAACUCGGCAAAAGAAUCCCAUCGCAACCAGACUGUACUAUUAAAAACAACAACGAAUUCAACCAGUUCAAACAGUUUGGACAUCAGAGGAAAUUUUCGCAACCCGAAUAUCCAUUGAAAGAACUCAAGAAACCUGGUCCAGUUCCAACGGCACAAGCUCUCGAGCAAUUCUUGUUGAAACCUGAACAGAGGCAUUGUUUAUCGAAAAAAAGCGACGAAGAUAUUUCUAAAUCAAAUUCGGCACGUUCGAGUAGUAUUUAUUUCGAAAAGAACGAAGAUGUUGGUCAGAUUUCGUCGCAAAUUAAACGAACCGUUGGCCAAAAGUUGUACAAACAAAGCAGAUACGAGCAGUCGACAAAGAAGCUGGAAGAAUUGCUCCUGCAACGACUGGAAAAAGAGGAAAUGGUCGCCAAAAGUCAGAAUUGCAUGACAACGGGGUACAUCGCCGAAGACAUAGACGAAAAGAUGAUGGUUCAGAAACAGAUCCAUCAAAAACUCCAAGCCGAUUUGCAAAGGACGGUCAAGCAAAUACAAGAAAUAAAAAGUAUCGAACUCAGAUUGCCCCAGAACAAGAAAUGGUCAGAGGGUGAUAAAAGUCAGCAUCCAGCAGGUCUAAAUCAAAAACCUAAGCACUCGCUCCACGGACCAGCCGUUCCAGAUUUUGUUCCGAAAGACUUUUCAAAAAGAAGGAGUUUACCGCAAACUCAUCCCACAGGAAAAAUUUAUUCGAAAUCGUUUAAAGGAGGAGGAUCAUCUGACCUAGCGUGCGACUCUAAUUUGCAGAAUGAUAAUGCAUUAGUCUAUCGAGACGGAAAUCUUUUAUCAGGGUCUUUGGAAGCCCUUAUUCAACAUAUGGUUCCUACUGACGUCUAUUAUCCAGACAGAGCCUAUUUAUUUGCCUUUCUUCUUUCCUCAAGACUAUUUAUUAAGCCUUUUGAUCUUCUUACAAAGGUCAAGAAUAUGUAUGAAGCCCAGCAAAAUCUCAAUUCAGCAAUAAAUACAAAAGAUAUUCAACCAGGACAUUUGAAAUUUGUGGAACAUCUCGUUCAACUGCUCAUAGAAUGGACUGAAACGUUUCCUUACGAUUUUAGGGAAGAAAAAGUAAUGCAACUUUUACGUUUAAUAACACAGCAGUGUAUCAUUGCAAAACCAUCUUUACAUUCUCACGUAUCAUCGUUACUUCACAAUCUUUUACAAAGACUAACGGCCCUGGAAAAGUUCGAAAAAUCCUUAGAGGAAAAGUCAGGUUCCGCCGACGAUAACAUAGAUAUUUUGGAGCUUUGUCCGAAACCAGAAAUAUUAGCGCAACAGCUCACCCAUGUAGAACUAGAACGAUUAUCUUUCAUAGGUCCCGAAGAAUUUGUUCAGGCAUUCGCAAAAGAGAAUCUUCAUAUUGAAAGUUCUUUAAUAAAUGAUACUAAGAAAACUCAUAAUUUGGAACAGUACAUUCAAUGGUUCAACAGGCUUAGCUAUUUCGUAGCUACACAAGUUUUGAAACAUGUGAAAAAGAAACAACGAGUAAGAGUAAUAGAGUAUUGGAUAGAAACAGGUCGAGAAUGUUUUAACAUCGGCAAUUUUAAUAGUCUCAUGGCUAUUAUUGCUGGCUUGAAUAUGUCUCCUGUUGCAAGACUAAAAAAAACUUGGCAUAAGAUACAAUCUGGUAAAUUUACGAUAUUGGAACACCAGAUGGACCCGAGUAGUAAUUUUAGCAGCUACAGAAGUACUUUAAAGGCAGCAAUGUGGAGAAGCGCAGGGGCAACGGAUCAGAGACAACGAAUAGUUAUUCCAUUUUUCAGUCUACUUGUUAAAGAUUUGUACUUUUUAAACCAAGGGUGUUCAAAUAGACUGCCCAAUGGACAUGUUAAUUUCGAAAAAUUUUGGCAACUUGCUAAGCAAGUGACCGAAUUUAUGGCUUGGAAACAGGUGGAUUGUCCUUUUGAGAAGGAUCCAAGGAUAAUAGCUGUUUUACAACACGCACCUGUUUUAAACGAAAACGCUUUAUCUUUAGCCAGUUUCGAUUGUGAGAACCCGGAUAAUAUUCAGGAAAAGGAGAUGUGUAAACACCUGAAAUGCGAGGGAUCAUCAACGUAACUUUAUUUUCACUGUACCUUUAUUAACAGUAUUUUAAAUACUUUUUAUGCAGCUGAAGGGGAUAUUAAUUAAUCCAUUUUACUACCUAAUUAACUUUUAAAUGUAUUUUUUUACACUUAUCGUCGUAUUAAGUUUCAUUUUCCACUAUUUAAUAAUCUGAUUUUAGAUAACAUGUGAUAAAAAAAAACCUAUUUUUAUAAUUUGCUUUAAACAUAUUUUCGUUAUACCUCUAUUUUGUUAAUUCUUUAAGCACAUGCCGCAGGUUGUGAGUUCUAUUAAUUAUUUAGAUUCGAAAAGCACAAAGAUAGACAUAACGAGAAACAUUUACAUAUUAAUGUUGUGUGUAUGUUUGUAUGUAAUGUGUUAUUAUAUUAUGUAAUUGAUAUAAAUACUGAUCAGUAUGUACACCUUUUAGGUGUUUUUUUAUAUACGCCUAUUUAAGGUCACUUUUUCGACAGUAUUAAUUUUUCAGUAAAUCAUAAAAUAUGUACUAUUAUAAUUAUGCUGCAGGAGAUUAUUUUCGAUGAGCUUUUUGCAGAGCUACUAUUGUACGAUAGUAAUAUUAUUUAGUGUGAAAGAAUGGUAAUUUCUUUUUCAUGAACACCCAUUUUACUCAUUAAUUCGAAAUAUAAAGUUUAUAUUUAUUGCUUAUCAUCUACUUAAUUGUGUAUUUGUGUUAUUUUAUUCGGUGAGUAGUUUCUAAGUUGAAUAUUAAUUUUCGUAUAAAUGUGAUGUAUCUUUAAACUGUAUAAAAAUUCUCAAGUUUUGCGUUUAAAAACAAAAUAUUGUGUUUAGGUGCAAUUAAAUGUUUUGUGAUUGUUAUAAACGGCCUAUUGCCCACACAAACUCACUGGUAUACGAUUUAAGUUGUUUAUUACCAUGGUAGCAGACAAAAAUUUCAUUAAUUGUGCACAAUCCAUUUUAAGUUAAUAAAGUUAUUCUAGUCAUUAGAUUAUAACAAGAGUGGUGGUUCUGUAUAAGUGUGUAUGUAUGAUGUAUCAUUUGCAUGUGUAAUUUUAUUCGAAUAAUAGUACAUUGUGUUCGAGAAAAAAAAAACUGUAAGCUUUUUUGUAUAAACAUAGUAAAAAAUGCCUUACUGCUUAA